AUGGAAAAUAAUUUCGAUGAUGAGGAAAAGAAAUAUUUCUCAAAUAGAAUGUUUUUAAAUAAAUUGGGGGAUACAAGAGAGUUUGGGAAUUUUUAUGAAUUAAUUUACAAUAGAAAAGUAAAGAUUUUGAGCUUUCUAAAUAAAGAUUUAAAUCAAAUAAAUAAUCCAGACUUUAGACAAUUUGAGAGUUUAGAACAUGCAUAUGAACUUUUUCUAUCUUAUCACAUAUUUUAUCCUUAUUUAUAUGAAGACUAUUUAUUUAUGCAUUCUUUAGAGACAUAUAAUUUUGAAAAAGAUAUGGAAAUACUAUUGAAUGGAUUAGAAACUGUAAAAAAUUUAAACACAAAUGUAAUUGAUGAACAUGGAUUCGCUGCCGAAUUAUUAUUAUUUCAUGAACAACAAAGGUUGUCAGGAGGUCAUGAAAUUGAAGAAGAAAGUGUUGAUAGAUUAUAUGUAAAGAAAAAAACUGGACUUAAUAGAAGAAAUACAAUUAUUAGAUUGAAGGCUAUAAAUAGUUUAAUAGAUCUUUCUAAGGGAAUACGUAUCUGUGACUACAAAUUUGUUUUUAAGAUUUUAUUUGAUUAA